ACAGAUCGGCUCUGUGUUUACGUUCAGAUGCUUACAACAAAGGACAGAACACCGCGGAGAGCCUGUCACUUAAAAGACUACACUGUGGAUAUCUUGUCUUACCGUAAGCGUUUUUAACUCCCAAGUCUGAGAAGAAGGGGACACGCACAGCAUUAUUUUCCCGUUUUAACGUGGUGCGGGGUUUACACUUUUCUUUUAGUAAACCUACUCUGAAGGGAGAAAUUAAGACGAAAUUUCCUUUUUUAAGCCGGUGGAACGUAAGCUAGCUUGCUAGCCUCAGCAAGUUCGGAAGCCAGGCACCAGCUGGAGGAGAAGCUAGCAGCCCUGUCACCCUGUCAUCCAUACCGACGACAACAAAAGGACUUUGUCACUCAUAUCGCAGGAUCCUUGGUGGUAAUCUUGGACACAGCUGAGCAGCAGCUUUCCACCCGCUGUGUGUGAAGAGCUUGGUACUCUCCUCCCGGUCCAGCUUCCUUUCUGCUGGGCUGCUUAACAGACUGAAGUUUGUGGAGGAAGAUUAUGUCUGUCAUGGAAAGUGGGUCAGACAGUGGGCACGUUUUUAUGGCCUUGUUUCGGUAAGGACAAGUGACAUUGCUGCGAGAGACACACUCAUGAAGCAUGAAAGGUUGGAGCUGAGGCUCAGCUGACCCUUCCCCUUCCUUCUCCUCCUCUCCCCCCGUGUUCCAUUUGUUCAGCACCUCCCCCCGCCCUUCCCCCUCUCUUCCCUUCCUGUCUCCCUCGCCCUGUUUGGAUCUCACCCAUCUUGCCCCCCCUCCUUGUGAAAGCCUGAAUCAGCCCUGCCCAAUGUACUCCCCAGAGCAGGAAAACAUCUCCACCACCUCCACCAAAGUGCCAGUGAAGUAUGGAGAGCUCAUUGUGCUGGGGUACAAUGGCUCUCUGCCCAAUGGGGACCGUGGCAGACGUAAAAGCCGUUUUGCACUUUGCAAGAGACCGAAGGCAAACGGGGUGAAACCCAGCACAGUCCACGUCGCCUGCUCUCCACAGGCAGCCAAGGCCAUAAGCAACAAAGACCAGCACAGCAUCUCUUACACUCUGUCUCGAGCGCAGACGGUGGUGGUGGAGUACACCCAUGACAGCAAUACUGACAUGUUCCAGAUUGGUCGAUCGACAGAGAGUCCCAUAGACUUUGUAGUGACAGACACGGUUGCAGGCAGCCAGAGUAACGCAGACACCCAGUCGGUCCAGAGCACCAUCUCCCGCUUUGCCUGCCGCAUCAAGUGCCAGCGCACGCCGCCUUAUACUGCACGUAUCUACGCCGCAGGCUUUGACUCCUCCAAAAACAUCUUCCUAGGGGAGAAAGCUGCUAAAUGGAGGACCCCUGAUGGUCAAAUGGACGGGCUUACCACAAACGGCGUGCUGGUGAUGCAUCCUCGAAAUGGCUUCACCCAAGACUCCAAACCAGGCGUCUGGAGAGAGAUCUCGGUCUGUGGGAAUGUCUUCACUCUACGGGAGACCCGCUCGGCACAGCAACGUGGAAAGAUGGUGGAGAAUGAGAGUCAGGAGCUAGUUGAUGGUUCUCUCAUCGACCUCUGUGGUGCGACCCUCCUGUGGCGUACAGCUGAAGGCCUCUCUCGCACUCCCACCCUCAAACAUCUGGAGGCAUUGCGGCAGGAGAUCAACGCCGCCCGCCCACAGUGUCCUGUGGGUUUCAACACACUUGCCUUCCCCUCCAUGCGUCGCAAGGACACACCAGACGAGAAGCAGCCCUGGGUCUACCUCCAGUGCGGCCAUGUGCACGGCUACCACAACUGGGGCAACCACCGUGAGGAGAGGGAGGGUCGUGAGGGCCGGCUCCGUGAGUGUCCCAUGUGUCGAACGAAAGGGCCGUAUGUGCCGCUGUGGCUUGGCUGCGAGGCCGGCUUUUAUGUUGACGCCGCACCGCCAACCCACGCUUUUAACCCCUGCGGCCAUGUUUGUUCAGAGAAAACGGCGGCCUUCUGGAGUCAGAUCCCCCUGCCUCACGGCACACACACCUUCCAUGCUGCCUGCCCAUUCUGCGCGCAGCAGUUGAGUGGCGAGCAGGGCUACGUCAGACUCAUCUUCCAGGGACCGCUGGACUAGCAGGGCCAGCUUCCCAGCAUCCUUUGGGUGAGGCAGAGUGGGGAGUUUCCUUUGUUUGGACCUGAAAUGAGAAACUCGGAGCUCCCCAAGAUUUGUUUUCUUUCCUCUGCAGUUAAGAUUAAAAAAACAAAAAACUUU